AGUGGAGGAGGCGUUUGUUUGGGUGGAGGGGAAAAGUCAGCUUUGAUUCACGGAUUUUCAAACCAUUUUCGGAUCAAAAGAAGCAAUCGACAUUGGCAAUCAAUCACUCGCCCCUCUUCACAUUUUUCAGACCUUACUUUUUAAAAAAGCCCCAAUCUACCUUUUCCAGUAACCCCAUUUUGUCAUCUCCCUUCCGAUGCUUCCCAAAAUAUAGCAUUCAUUUACAAAGACAAACCUCCCCAGUUGCUGCUUCCUUCGAAACCGCUUCUGGGUCUUCUUCCAAUUCCAGAAAUGGCUACUAAAGAUUCGAGUUCUGCGAGUGAGGGCAAGAUUAAAGGGGUUCUCACCCAUGGCGGCCGAUAUGUGCAGUAUAACGUCUACGGUAACUUGUUUGAGGUUUCGGCUAAGUAUGUUCCUCCUUUGCGACCCAUUGGUAGAGGCGCUUAUGGUCUUGUUUGCGCUGCUGUAAAUUCAGAGACACAUGAAGAGGUUGCUAUCAAGAAAAUUGGAAAUGCAUUUGAUAAUAUAAUCGAUGCCAAGAGGACAUUGAGAGAAAUUAAGCUUCUUUGCCACAUGGAACAUGAAAAUAUUAUCGCCAUCAGAGACAUCAUUCGACCCCCAAAAAGAGAGGUCUUUAAUGAUGUGUACAUUGUUUACGAGUUGAUGGAUACCGAUCUCCAUCAAAUAAUUCGCUCUGACCAAUCACUGACAGAUGACCAUUGCCAGUACUUUAUGUAUCAGUUAUUGCGCGGGCUGAAAUAUGUUCAUUCAGCCAAGGUCCUGCACCGUGAUCUGAAGCCAAGCAACCUGCUACUGAAUGCAAAUUGCGACCUUAAAAUUGGAGACUUUGGGUUGGCAAGGACAACGUCUGAAACUGACUUCAUGACUGAAUAUGUGGUCACUCGUUGGUACCGAGCGCCAGAAUUGCUGCUCAAUUGUUCAGAGUACACUGCCGCCAUUGAUGUCUGGUCUGUUGGAUGCAUACUUGGUGAGAUCAUGACCCGAGAGCCUCUCUUCCCUGGAAAAGAUUAUGUUCAUCAACUAAGACUUAUAACUGAGCUACUUGGAUCACCAGAUGAUGCCAGUCUAGGAUUUCUUCGAAGCGAUAACGCUCGAAGAUAUGUCAAGCAGCUUCCUCAGUACAAGAAACAACAAUUCUCAACUAGAUUUCCCAACAUGUCUCCAGCUGCCUUGGAUCUUCUAGAAAAGAUGCUCGUGUUUGAUCCAAACAAACGCAUCACAGUUGAGGAGGCACUCUGUCAUCCAUACUUGCAAUCUCUUCACGACAUCAACGACGAGCCAGUGUGUGGCAGACCUUUCAAUUUCAAUUUCGAGCAACCAUCGUGCACUGAAGAGCAUAUCAAAGAACUGAUCUGGAAAGAAUGUGUCCGGUUCAAUCCUGAUGAAUCAGCGAGGAGGACGACCCUUUGCGUUUAAGGCGAUGUAGAUGGUGGAAAUUGAAGGAACACGUUGUUUUAUUGUUCCUGAAUAGGAAGGAUUUAAUGUGAUGAAGUAGAUAAGAACAGGUGUAAAACUUGUAUGCUUUUUACCCAUAUAAAUUGGAGUCCUGUAUUGUACAAGGAGUUGAUUGAUGCUGAUUCCUGCGAGUGAGGGAAUUUAACUAAGAACAACACACCAAAAAAAGAUGCAAACUGGGGCUCUGUAUUAA